UUUGGGUUGUUAGGAGUCUAAUUAAUAUCUCAAUAUUCUUCAUCGCUAUCAUACUAUUCCUCCUCCACUGCCCUCCUAAUUGUCUAGUAUUUCUAUACCUUCCUAUUGAAAUUCUAGACGAAAUAGAGACGCCUUGGUCAUCUUGAUCUAAGCAGUGACCUCUAAUUUGAGGGGUAACAAAUCUACGCGGAAGUAUAUCAUAACGACCAAAAAGAUCGAUAUGUAACCCUGAAGAAAUGUUGGUAUUUUUCGUUCUUGGUUAGCAAAAUGUUGCUAUAUACCAAAUUCGCGCCUCCAAAGGUGCCUAAGAGAAGAUCUCGAGCAGGCUGCACUUUUUGCAAAGAAAAGAAGAAGAAAUGCGACGAGAAACGACCACGAUGUGCGCGAUGCGCCGAAAAAGACCUCGAAUGCACAUAUGAAGCAGUAAAACCACGUCAGAGGAGAAGAAGAGAUGGGUUACAAUCUGGAUACGUCCAAAAUCAUGGGGAAGAUCCAAUGAUAGAUCGUGAUCAAUGGCGAGAAGAUACGGUGGACGAUAUUUCCGAAUCUGACUGCUUCAGCCCGAUAGACUCCAAGUUUAAUGGCAUGUCGCCUAUUACCUUCUCGACCGAGAGCGAUAAUGCGAUUUCUCCUCUCGAUUCAGUCUCGACCGUUUACGAAUAUAGUGUUGCAGACAAUAGGAACCAAAUAAGGGACUUGGUACGAAAGAAUUCGAAUUCGAGUAUCAGUGUGGUAUCCCAGGCGCGAUCUUUACAACCAGAUCUUGCGAUGAUUGCGCCGUGUCCAGUCGGUUCUCCAACACUUGAAUUCGUCUUACCGGUGUUCUCCGAAUUUUCGGAUCGUCCCAAUCGGCGAGCUUUAGUCGAUCAUUUCUGCAAUGUACUAUCACAUUUAAUUGUUUUUCGGGAAGAAUCCGGCAAUCCAUUUCAGCAAUUGGUGUUACCACUAUCUCAUAAGAGCUCACCGAUCAUGAACGCUAUAUACGCAUUAGCAAGUGCACACCUAGAAUAUCGAGGCAUUGAGACACCAGAGAGGUCUCUUUAUUUCCACAACAAGGCCAUACAAGGACUGGCCAGGUUAAUCGAGCAAGAGGGGAGAGUGGACAGGAUAGAACUUUUAGCAGCUAUCAUGCUGUUGGUGUAUUAUGAAGUACUUGUUCAACGUGGACGAACAAGUAUAGUGGAUGGUCACCUUAAGGGGGCUCUGACUAUAAUGUCGUCAUCUCAAGAAGAGUCUACUCCAGCCAGUCUCUUCUUAGAACGUGCAUUUCGAUUUUACGAUGUCAUCACUGCAUUGUCCUUAGGAUCGGCUCCCCUAUCAACAGCUCCGGCCGCCGGAUGUCUUGUCCCAUUCCCUCCAUUGGACGCCCCUGCGUCGUCCCCUCUUAGCAAUGUAGAUACGUUGCUUGGAAUGGCUACUACUUUAUGGCCUAUCAUGCAUCGAUUAUCGAAUCUUCUCUCCCUUAAAAAUGAUAUCGAAAGAGCCGCUCGAGAGAAUCAAACGUCAAAAAGCGCCGUCCUUCGGAUGGAAUUCGAGACUACUUCACAAGCUAUUGAGACUACACUCGAACAAUGGGAGCCAUGCCUUCCACCGAAUGUUGUAGUUCAGGAGGAGGAUGUUCUAAGAAGCUCCAACGGAGAAGAUAUACCCGAACAGCAGUGGCUCCAGUCUGUUCUGCAUAACGCCCUAGCAUAUCGUCAUAGUGCUUUCGUCUAUCUAUAUCGCACAAUCUACGGGUACCCAGUACGUCGCGAAGUGGUACAAAAACAUGCUCAUGCGGCACUUGUUCAUUGUGUCAAAACGGUCACGCAUAGAGGACCUAUGGGAGCAUUGUUAUGGCCUCUGUUUGUAGCCGCAUGUGAGGCCGUAAGCGCGGAAGAUCGGACACUCGCUCAAGAAGCAUUUAUCGGAAUUGAUCAGCGUCAAGGAAUGACCAACAUUGGACAAGCUUGGAAGAUCAUCCAAGAAGUUUGGAAAAGGUUAGAUGAUGCGAGCGACGAUUCUCCGGAGGUUCGAGAAACGGAUCUGUGGAGAAAGAUUAGUACCGAAAUGGGCGUCAAUAUUGUCUUUGGUUGAAAGCCGAUUAAGCCAAGUCAAGAUUGAAUCUCGGUAGUACUGCAAGGUAUUCAAUUCAUCCUCGUUGAUAUGAUGGAUUACUAGCCGCAGGAUUCUAUCGUAUUGUCGGUGGCGAUUUAUUAUUCUAUGCUAUCACAUCGGUAGCAUUAGUUCGUGAAGUGAAAAUCCCGCCUUACGCGUGGAUACUACUGGGGAAAUGGUUGGGAAACAAAUGAUACCCUCCGUUUGUGUACGAAGGGACCCUCACGGCGGCAGGCGAUGAGGUCCCGCAACGCAUAGG